UGCAAAUAUCUCUCCAACUGCUAUUUCCAGUACAGAUCAUUUUACUGCUCAAGAAAUAGAAUUAACUACAGUUAGCGUUGUACCAGAUGACACAUUUACUGUACCCCAGGCUGUCAAUGCGUUAGGUUUUGGUUGGUUUCAAGUAAAGCUUUCGCUAGCAACUGGAUUAUGCUGGAUGGCAGACUCUAUGGAGAUGUCUAUUUUGAGUAUGCUAGCACCAGCUCUGCAUUGCCAUUGGGGAAUCUCCAAAUAUCAGCAAGCGCUAGUUACAACAGUAGUAUUUAUGGGAAUGAUGCUGAGUUCAACAUUUUGGGCAUCUAGUGAUAGAUAUGGAAGGAAACCAGCUUUGACACUAUGUUCUGUUUUAUUAUUAUUGUAUGGACUAUUGAGUGCAGUAGCUCCUAGUUUUCUCUGGUUGCUUUUACUAAGAGGUCUUGUAGGCUUUGCUAUUGGAUGUGUACCACAAUCAGUUACACUUUAUGCUGAAUUUCUACCAACUCAACAAAGAGCUAAGUGUGUAGUUCUUUUAGAUUGUUUUUGGGCACUUGGUGCGUGCCUAGAAGUCGUAUUGGCACUUGCAGUCAUGCCCACUCUAGGAUGGCGUUGGCUUUUAGGAUUAUCCACAAUACCAUUGUUGGCAUUCGCUAUAGUUACUCCAUGGCUACCGGAGUCUGCUAGGUAUCAUAUUGCUUGUGGUCAAACUGAGAAAGCUUUAUCAACACUACAUCAGGUUGCUAAAGAUAAUGGUAGACCAAUGCUGCUAGGUCGAUUGGUUUUAGAUGGUAAUGGCAGUGUUAUGAAAAAUGACUUAAACAGAGGUCGUUUAAUGGGAUUAUUAGCACCACACUUGCGCCAAACAUCUCUUCUUUUAUGGGCAAUUUGGAUGGCAUGUGCUUUUUGCUAUUAUGGUUUAGUGUUAAUGACAACUGAACUUUUUGUGACAUUUGAUAAUCAAACAGUGAUCAAUACUUGUCACCCUCUUACGACCCCAGAUUAUAUGGAUUUGUUAUGGACAACCCUUGCUGAGUUUCCAGGUAUAUUUGCCACAAUCUACAUAAUUGAACGUUGCGGCCGUAAGAAGACGAUGGCUGCUCAGUUUAUCGUUUAUGCGGUAUGCGUAUGUAUGUUGGUCAGUCGAGUGAGCGAUCGUUUGUUCCUGACAAUCGUGCUAUUCGUGGCCCGCGGUGUUAUUGCCGGACUAUUUCAGGCGGCCUACGUUUAUACACCGGAGGUGUAUCCAACGGCGCUCCGUUCUCUUGGAGUCGGCGCGUGUUCAGCGGUCGCCCGACUCGGAGCAAUGCUAACUCCGUAUGUUGCACAAGUAUUACUGCAGAGUGCUCCAAGUACCGCAGUAGGCGUAUAUUGUGGAGUAGCUAUCCUCGCUUGUAUAGCGUGCUUACUUUUACCUUAUGAAACCAAAGGCCUUGAUUUAGGGGAAUCCAGUGAAGUAAAUACACAAUCUCAAUGAAAUUGUGAGCUUUAAAAUUGAGUACCUAAGUGAUUAAUAAUUAC